AAAAUAUAUAACGUGGAACAAAGACUGCGUCGCGGCAGUUAAUUAUCUGAGCGGCGACGAUUUAAUUCAUAUUUUUUUUUCAUAAAUUAAUUUCGCGUUUUUAUCCGCGGUUUUUAAAUUUAUAUAAUAUCCUACAUAUUUAUAUAUAUAUUAUUUAUUUUAAUUCGUUAAUUGACUUCAUUAACUCAAGUAAUAAGCAAUAAUUAAAAAUGAGUGCAACGUUAACGAAAUUAAUUAUUUUAAUGGCGGCCGUUCUUCCAUUUUGUUGUUCCUCGACAGUCGGAGACGGAACACUCAAUAUCGAAGUAUGGAGACGCGUAUGGAGGCCAAGUAACGAUUCUCUAUCAAGCGGCACUUAUGUUAAUAAAUUUUAUCACUGUAUGGCGACUCUGAUAGGAGAAAAUGUUCUUCUCACUAGCGCAAGAUGUAUACAGAGAUUAUCGGCUCAAUCAGCCAUCAAGAGCAUUUAUCUCUACGGAAAUUACAACCAAACAAAGUCAAUAAUGCAUCGCGUACCUUCAUUGUUCAUAAGAUUUCUUGUAAAUCCUGACAGCCAAGAGUUUUAUCGCUCAAGCCCAAUGAUGUUCAAUGUCAAUAGAGUGAUUUAUCACAACUCGUCUGAUCAUUACCAGCGAUUUGAUCCCGACUACGCACUUGUGAUCCUCAAAGACCCGGUUUUUCUUAACGACGAAAUCGAAUACGUUGAAUUGUUAAGCGCAGAAAAUUUAUAUCAAAUCGACUACGAUAAUUGUCGAAUAGUUUCAAUCAACCGCGACCACUCAAAGCGCGACGCAAAUGCCACCUGUGAAGUCACAGCAGGUAGAAUUGACUUAAGCAAAAUAAAUUUGAAUUGCAGAAUAAAAAAUGUCGAGGAUUUUCCCAUGAUCUUUGACUCAGGCAGUCCUGUCUACUGCCCACUACUUUAUUCUGCAGAAUAUUUACAAGUUGGACUCGUGUCAAAAUACUCAAUAUUGUUUCCGGAACUCCGCGUUUCUCUUAUAAAGCCAAAGUUUGAAUCUGUCGUCGACGUGAUACUUCCAAAUAUUUAUGGGAACAAUUAAUUUUAUGAUACAGAUUAGUGUAAAUACUGGUAAUAAUUAUUUUUGUUAGUAAAUAAAAGU